GGUUGGCCCAUGUUUGGGGUAUGGCAUCAUUGGCGUCGUGGUGCUGGCGACGCGUUCUGGCACAUCGGUCAACAUUGACAAUCGACAGCAAUCAACAAUAUGAGGGUGGAAGGGCAUAAAAAUUUGGAAGAUGGAUAACGCAUUGAAAUAACUGCCGAUAGAUGGCCAACUCCCCUGAUUUUCCCAGAAACUGGGUAUGUUUUGAGGCGCUGCCCAGGCUGACAAGGAUCACAUGCAAAUGGGCUUCCGGCAUGUGAUUCUAGGGUUCUUUCCUGUUCGGGCGUCCAAGCUUCUGGAGGCCGAGUACUAUAAGACACGAUGCCACCACAGUGUCUGCUCAAAUGGCGUAUCUGAACACUCCUUUUUGAUUCAAUCUUCAAUUGUCUUCCUACCUCAAGCACAAUGGCUAUCCCAACCGACAUCACCCUGAAAACCCUCAAGGGGUCGUGGGGACUGGACAAAACCCUCUCCGAGAACAUGGAUGGCAUCCUUAGACUGCAAGGCGUCGGCUGGCUCACCCGCAAAGGCAUUGGCGCCGCAUCCCAAACCCUCCACUUCACCUCCGCCGUCGAAACACCCCCCUCCUCCUCCGAGAUAACCGUCCACAUUACAAUGCGCCAAACCCUGACCGGCGGCAUCCCCGGCUCGACCGAAGAGCGCUACAUGGACUGGGUCGAGCGCGAGCGCAGCAACCACAUCUAUGGCGACACGCAGUCGCGCAGCCGCCUGAUCAAGGGUGUUCGUGACGCGGGGGGCGCCGUCCGUCCCGACGUGGAGAUCCAGUCGAAGCCUGGGAACGAUGCGAUCGAGGAGGAGGUCAAGAAGUUCUUGAGUGCGGGCGUACCGCACUUGGGCUCACAGGAGAAUGAUGACCUGUCUGAUCUGUAUAUUCAUGACUUUGGCCGGAAUGAGAAGGCUGGGUGGACGGCUGAGCAGAUCUGGGGCCUUGAAGUCAUCGACUCGCAGCAGUACCUCACGCGCCGGGUGGCUGUUGUUCGAGAGGACGGGUAUGAGCUGGCUCGCCUGGUGUACAAGUUCAAUGGGCUUUGAUUGCAUGUACUGACCGAUUAAUCUGGUUUGUGUGUCUAUUGGUUUAGCUUGACGCUAUCUUUGUAUGUCGGAAGUAAUGCAUAGUGUCUCUUAACUUGCAACGAAGAUUGAUCUGAAUGAUAGGAUA